AUGUCGUCCUCGGCUUCUCCCUCUGCUUCUCCCUCUGGCAUUACCCUUCCGUCUCUCCGUUCUCUUGGGCUGUUUGAUAUUCACCAGUUCAGGAGGAGUGAAGUGCCUCCCAUUUGCAAGCUACAUGAACGUAAUGACCAACCGACUGAGACUUCACGUAACCUGAAGUUGAAUGAAUCUAAUGACCUUCCCAAUUCGAAGAGACGGGCUGUAGCAACACCAAUUGUCACGAGACAGAAUGGCUAUAUGCGCUCUCGCCAGAGCUCAGUCUCUUCCACGCUAUCGACCUCCUCCAGGGAGACCUCCCCAGCGAGCGUCGAGGCAGCUCCCAACCGAGAACCCAACGUCGAUCUCGUUCUCACCACUUGGGACAAAGUAGACGCUAUCCUGGUCGUUCCCCCGCCCGCUAUCUCCGACCCCUUGUCACCUGCGCCCACGUUAUCCUCCUCUAGGAACCAGGGAUUUGACCGGCCACUCUUGUUCGUCGGGAUGCCCGGGCUGAUGCAGCUGCGGAGCUCCAUACAUCGCUUUGGGGAUGCGCGCUUCCACCCGUACCGCAUGGUGAAGCGCGAGCGUCGCCGACCCGCCACGGCGGCACCUGCAGCCGCCCACGUAUAA